GUUUGCUUUGCUUUAUAACAGACUAUCCAGAGCUACAAGCCACAGUUCAUUGCCCUGCACUUCCAGGAGGUUGGAGGAAAGGACUACAUGUUAAACAUGGGCCAUGCAGAAAACUUCUUCUGGACCCUCGAGUCCAGUGAAGAAAUGAAAGACUUUGACAGGUCUUGCAUUUAUGUGGACAACCAGUUCAAAGUAGAAGAUAGCUUCACGGCUUUGGGGAGCAUGUACUUCAUCCACAAGACACUGAAAAAUAUACAACAGUAUGACUUUCAUGUUAAGAAUUUUAAAGCAGUGCUGGAAAAGAACAGGUAUAUGGGCUCUCUGGACAGGGUCACCACCGUGGAGAAAGAAAAAUUCCCAAAGAAUUUCUGGCCUGAUUUCAAGUGGUCCAGAAAGGGCUUCAUGAGGACCCGCUGGAUUAUACACAACCAAGGUCUAGACCUGGUAAAUGUCCACCUGUUCCAUGAUGCCUCUAACCUCAUUGCCUGCAACUCCAGUCCUUCCAUUUACUCAGCCAACCGCAAUAACGCUCUCAGAUAUGUCAUCAGCAGGAUAUCAGACAGUCGGCAAACUGUGCUGCCUUUCUUUGUGUUUGGAGAUUUCAACUUCCGUCUGGAUACACUUAGUCUGGUCCAGGAUUUGUCCACUGCUGCCGAUGUGCAGAUGGUGAAGAAGGACAGCAGUAACGAAGUGCAGAGAAUCAUAUAUGAAGAAAAGGAUAACGACCACCAGGUUCUGCUUCGAAUUGAGGAGAAGCUUUUCGCCUACCUGCACCAGGCGGUUUUCAGAGAGGACAAUGGCAGAGCACUUUUGAAGUAUGACAAAGAAGUUGCAGCCUUCCAUGAUGUUAUUAGGGAAGAGGACAUCAAGUUUCCACCAAGCUACCCAUACAGUGAAGAGCAUGCUAAACCAACCCAGUACAUGAACACUCGCUGUCCUGCCUGGUGUGAUCGCAUCCUUAUGUCACAUACAGCCCAAGAUUUAAUCCACAGGAGAGACGAUGGUGAGAAG